CCGGGAGUCUUGGUGUAACGUUGGCAGCAGCAGGUGAAGCGGAAUAGAGAACGCGGCGAGAGGAGCAAGUGAAGGGAUUCCUGCUGUCUCCAGAAUCCUGCUCUGCCCUGAUAAGGGCAGGCUUUUCCGUGAGAGCGCUGAAUAUUUCAUCUUAUGGACGUAUCACAGUUUGUUUAUCCAUAUACCUAAUGAAGGGCACCUUGGUUGCUUCGAAGUUUUGGCAAUUAUGAAUGAAGUUGUCAUAAACAUUCAGAUGCGGGUCUUUGUGUGGACGAUUUCAGUUUGUUGAAAUGAGCAGUCGUAAAUCAAAGAGUAACAACUUAAUACAAGCAGAAUACCUUUCACAGGCACAAAGAAUUUUACGGGAAAGAUUUUGUCAUCAGAGUCCACAUAGUAACCUAUUUGGAGUACAAGUACAAUAUAAACACUUAAUUGAGCUGCUAAAAAGAACUGCUAUUCAUGGAGAAAGUAAUUCUGUUCUCAUUAUUGGACCCCGAGGAUCAGGAAAGACCAUGUUAAUAAACCAUGCUUUGAAAGAACUAAUGGAAGUAGAAGAAGUGAGUGAAAAUGUAUUACAAGUUCACUUAAAUGGACUGCUGCAGAUCAAUGAUAAAAUUGCCUUAAAGGAAAUCACAAGGCAGUUAAAUCUGGAAAAUGUAGUUGGAGAUAAAGUUUUUGGAAGCUUUGCCGAAAACCUUUCAUUUCUUCUGGAAGCUUUAAAAAAAGGUGACCGGACUAGUAGUUGCCCAGUGAUCUUCAUAUUAGAUGAAUUUGAUCUUUUUGCUCAUCAUAAAAACCAAACACUCCUCUAUAAUCUUUUUGACAUUUCUCAGUCUGCACAGACUCCGGUAGCAGUUAUUGGUCUUACAUGUAGAUUGGAUAUUUUGGAACUCUUAGAAAAGAGAGUGAAGUCACGAUUUUCCCACCGGCAGAUACACUUAAUGAAUUCAUUUGGUUUUCCACAGUAUCUUAAAAUAUUUAAAGAACAAUUAUCUCUACCUGCAGUAUUUCCAGGCAAGAUUUUUGCUGAGAAGUGGAAUGAAAAUGUUCAGAGUCUCUCAGAAGAUAGGAAUGUGCGAGACGUGCUGCAGAAGCAUUUCAAUGUCAGCAAAAGCCUGCGGUCAUUACACACGCUACUGAUGCUUGCUUUAAAUCGUGUAACACCAUCACACCCAUUUAUGACUGCAGCAGAUCUGAUGGAGGCAAACCAGCUGUGUAGCAUGGACUCUAAAGCAAAUAUUGUACAUGGUCUGUCAGUCUUGGAAAUCUGUCUUAUCAUAGCAAUGAAACAUUUAAAUGACAUCUAUGAAGAGGAACCCUUUAAUUUUCAAAUGGUUUAUAAUGAGUUUCAGAAGUUUGUUCAAAGGAAGGCCCAUUCUGUUUAUAAUUUUGAGAAACCUGUUGUCAUGAAGGCCUUUGAACAUUUACAACAAUUAGAAUUAAUAAGGCCCAUGGAAAGAACAUCAGUAAAUGCACAGAGGGAGUACCAGCUGAUGAAACUACUUUUGGAUAAUACGCAAAUUAUGAAUGCUUUGCAAAAAUACCCUAACUGUCCUACAGAUGUUAGGCAGUGGGCAACAUCCUCCCUAAGCUGGUUAUGAAUAUAACCAUGGCUUCAGUUGUGGAGUUUCAGGCAUACUUCUCUAAAGAAUGUUGUCCUUCAACAAGAUAUGUUAUUACAUUUUCUUAUAUUUAUAAAAAUGUAUUUUUGUAUUUAUGGGAGACUGUUACACAUGUAGCAUUAUGGCUGUGCCUUGCCUUUGAAUCACGGCACAUGAGCAGUUACAUGAUUUAUAAUUCCAGUAAUUUAGAUUAUGUUGUAGGUAGUUGUUCAAAAAAAUAAAUAUGACUAUUUUAGGGAUUGAAUCAUAUGCUUAUUUAACACUUGUGAAGUAUUUAUGUGGUACAUUUGAAGAGUUCAUUUCAACCCAGCAGCCAGAUGUUUUUACAAACCUUAAACAAAGCAGUAAAGAAACAAUGGUAAGAGUUGAGGUGUAAUGAGUAAUCUUUUGGUCCUUUGGGAGGUGCUGCAGUUUUUCUGUAUUCAUGGAAAUUUGGGAUUCUGUCCCAGACCCACGUCUUCUAGUUCAGGAGACUGAUCAGUUUGGCUAGAAGAUGGUUUACACGGAAGAAAAAAGCAAAAGGUUUGACCAUUUUCUUCCAGGCUUCUUAUAAUAUGGUACUCAUACCAUCUACAGAAGAAUCUUUUGUAGCAUGUUUUAAAAUGCAGAUUCUGGGGCCUGUUCUAGGGACUAGCAUUUGUCUUUCUGACACAGGCAGUUUAGGGGAUCCUGUGAACCCACCCCCACAGAUAAUGGAAAGCGUAUGACGGUGCUAACUAAACCUGCUUGUAUCAAAAUGUGGAGCCCUAGGAGGGAGGAACGUGGGAAUGGCAAAGCAUCAGGAAUCCAUGAACUAAUGCUGGUAUAUGUUUAAAAUGAAAUUUAGUAAGCAUU